AUGGAUUGCAGCGAAGAUAUAUUUCCCCUUUCUGAGAGGGCAUCGAUUACUGAAAGGGAUUAUGAAAAUAAAGAUAAUUGGCGUUAUGCCGCUGAGAAAUCUCGUGCGCUGUGGGAAACUGAGAAGGUUUUCAAUCUUGGGAGUCUGUGCCAUUACGGUGUGCGUAGCGACAAGUUUCUCAUCCACUUUUUUGAUCAUGCGCGCCUAUUGCAUGCAUCUUUCGGGACCUUUCCCCUCGGGUUUAGUGCUGAAGUCGAACAAAAGAGAGCUGAUCAGCAGGACGGGAAGAAUGACCAAGGAUCAGAAGAUGGAUUUGGAAUGGAAUUCACCACAACACGCCUAUGGCAAGAAAUGGGUAGUAGCCGAUUUUCCAGCGGAAACGGUCAGCCAGGUCUAUCACUGCUGGACCCCAUCUUAAAUGACGCCUUUUCGGAGGGUUAUAUCCCCCGACGAUCGGCGAUGAACCGGCCGAAGUCAGUCAAGGAGGAUCUCUGCCGACUCUGGGUCAGCUUGCAGGAAUCACCAAAUUGGGCAAAUUCGAUGUGCGCCGUGGUGACGGUCCCACAUUGGGGCACCAAGGCGCUCCGAGAUCGCAUCCGACAGCAGCUCCAGCUCGCCGCCUUCAUGGGCUUUUUUGCCAUUCAAAUCCCAUUACCCCUCCUCCACGACGAGGAGAUGCCCUACGCGGAGCCGAAUACCACCGAAAGGGACCUCAAAAGCGCACCAGAGGGAUCCCUUUUCGAGGCACGCAAUUGGGCUCUCCUGGGCGAUGUCAGGGACGAGCUCGUCUCCUUCAUCCAGGCCGCUAACGGAGUUAAAAUAUGGGUCCGAUGUGAUGCCUGCAAGCCGGAGCAUCUCAUUCAGUACCACCGCUUAAACCAAUUAUUGUUGUAUGGCUACGAGUGCGAUCCAGUCUCUAAGAAAGCAAUUGGGCCUCGUCAAGGCAUCACGGCCAACAAUACGACGGAGGUGGUUUGCCGUGAGGCCAUCUCGAGUCUCAUGCCGCUCCUUUACUUCUCCGAGACGCAUGAAAGCAUCAUUUCAGCAUGGCUCGGUGAGAACGUCGGCGUGUUUGAACCACCACCUGCCGAGCAACUGGACCGACUUUUGUUACCAGAUCGAAAUCCUUCAAAUCCCAAGGACGAUUUGGCUCGUAUUCCGUCGUCCUUGCGUUUUGGGUCGUCUGAGUCUCCAAAUAAUUACUCCUUCAAUAUCGCGAGCUCCCGAGACAACCAUAGUGAGCAUCUAAGCCAUCGUACUGUAAGUGAAAAAGAGAAUGAAGAUACUAGCCGACGGAAUUCAAUAUUAUGCCAUCUUGAUCCUUGCACCUGCAGCGUCCAGAGCAAGGUGACAGAGCAGCCUGGGCUGCAGGAUGAACUUCUUCCAAAGGACACCGCACGAUGGGGCGGGCUCUACCCGCACCGUAUCUCGCUUAUUACUUUCAUCGUGGAACUGAUGCGGCGUCGGGCGGCACCCCUGCUUUCCUUACCGUUAUUUGACGACUACGCGAUCAUGAGUGGGUUGUAUUCCACGGAGGUGGCAGAUCCCACACGUGAGCCCUUCGCAAAUUAUGAGGACACCUUACAACUGCCCCUACAACCCCUCUCACAGCGACUGCCCAACGCCGUUUAUCACAUCUUUGAAUGUGAUUCCACCAAAUAUAGUCGAUAUCACGAUGCCAUUUUACUGUUCUUGAAAGACUGGUCCUGUUAUGACCCCAAGGUGUUUCACCAUGGGGUGGUCAACGAAGGUUUUAUUUCUUCCACCAUCGCAGGUGUCGACACCGACCGCGAGGCGGUGGUGCGGCAGGCUGCUCACACGGUGUAUGUGGUACUUCUUGGCUGUGGGCGCGGUGGGAUUGCAGACGAGAUCAUUUCUGCGGCCUCCACACUUGGGUUGCGGCUGCGUCUCUUUGCGAUUGAAAAAAAUCAACCGGCUGCGGAGUUGACGCGGCUACGCUGGCUUUGUGAUCCGGAAUGGGGUCACCAAGCGGCGACCUUCGAUCACACCUUGGAGGUUAUUAUUGGUGAUGGCCGGUACUUGUUUGAUAACUCCGGUUAUAACGGGUCAGGGGUUGGAUCGGUCCAGCUUCCCGAUGACUUUGGGCUCUGUGAUUUACUGGUUUCGGAGAUGCUGGGCAGCUUUGGCGACAACGAACUCUCACCUGAGUGUAUUGAUACGUUUCAUAACCAGUUAUUGCGUAUACAAGCCGCGAAGGGCAUUAUCCCUAACAAAAAUCUUGUCAGCAUCCCGCAAAGUUACACAACAUGGGUUGCACCUCUGCGCUCGACAAGCAUCGAGCAAUGUGUGCUCGAUACCGCGAUUCGUGGCCUUACGGUGUGCCCUGAAGAUUGUACAAACCGCCACGUGGCCGUGUUUUCAUUCCCAAUGGUGUCUCACAUCACCCGUGGGAUAUUGCUCGAUUGGCCGCAGGCUUGUUGGACAUUUUCUCAUUUGCACUCUACGAAUCAAGACGAGAGCCGAGGGGACGUGGGGGAGUCUGCGGGUGGAUGUCUUUACGAGCGAAGCUGUAUGCUGCGUUUUAAUAUCCCCGAGUACACGCGAUGCAGUGGAAUGGUGGGAUUCUUCAGCUGCAUGCUAUACCGCUCAGAGAGAAAUGGGGAGGAGGUGGUCAUCAGCACCGAACCGCACAGCCGUACCCCGGGUCUGUACAGUUGGUUUCCAGGCUAUCUUUCUCUUGACCCGUCAUACCAACUGCAGAACCUGGACAACAGGAGCGAAAUGAUAUUCAGUUUUUGCCGCAAUGUCGAUAGCACAAAAAAGCAAGUGUGGUAUUCAUGGAGAGUUGACAAUAACGGUGGUAAUGCUCACGGCGAUAUUGUGGUUGACAAUACCACUGAUCACAAACAGAGGCUUCAUGGGAUCAUCAAAAAGUCUCUUAACGAAGGAGGCUGGGUAGCGUCCAUGCCUCUGUAG